UUUAUUUUCUGGUACGCAUACGUUACUAGAAAUCUGGAAUUUUUUAAACUUCAUGUUUUGAUUCUGAACUGAGCGUUUCUCACUGAAAUACCAAGGCAUUUCAGGUUAUAGACGUAUUAUUCUUCUCCCAGCUCCUUGACAAAAUGGAUGAAACAUCCAUCCCUCUACCACCCACUCCAGCGGAAGGAGACAACGUCAGCAACAGCGCUGUACACGCGCCAGUUGACUGGUCCUACGAUACUGUAUCCGAUGCACCAAACUUUCUCAGUUUCGAAGCUGGCGCUUCCAGUGCCGUUCAACAACCGACGAAUUAUUAUGCCAAUAGCUACGCGAGGGGCUACAAUAAAGGCGGAUGGCAGCAGCAGCCGCGCGGACACUAUAAUCGUGGUGGUUACUACAACCAAGGACCAGCGAACCAGUAUUAUGGUUACAAUCAGUACCGAGCUCCGCGGGGCUCUUAUUACCGUCCCCAGCAGCAGACUUAUUACCAGCAGCCUUAUAUGCAACAAAACAGAUGGCAACAACCGAAUUAUAAUUACAACUAUAAUAAUCGGGGGUGGAAUCGCGGAGGCUACACGAUGCAGCGCGGACGCGGUGGCUACGGCUACGGCCAGUAUCAGAAUCCCCGUGAUGCUCCGAUCUCAGCCUUCUUCCAUCCCUCCAUGCUGGAAGAUCCCUGGGCCGCACUGGAAGCAGCGGCGGCCGUGAAACCAACACCGGAAACCGCAUCCGAAGAGGCAACCACAGAGGCUCCGGCAGCCAGCAGUGUCAGCGUGGCCGAUGAUGAUCCCGAGCUCCUUGAUCUCUUCUCGCAGCUGAAGGGCAAUAAGGCAGCUGACGAUCAGCCGGAAGAAGAAGCAAAUAUGGACCAGUCAGUGGAGGCCACUUCUGUAACAGCGCAGCCUGAAACGAGAGAAGGAGAUGAUCAGUUGGGUAUGUUAUCGGAAGCUCAAAAUGACACGCAACCGACAACAGCGGCGGAUGAUACGGAAUCUACCAUCACUGCCUGAAUUAAUUGUUUUCCAGUACGAUUUAUUCCUUCUUUAUUAUCGCUAUGAAACUGCAUUGCACCUUCUCGACAUUUUUUAGCGUAUAACUGGAAUGGUUAUGAUUUUUGGUUAAUACUGAAUGUAUCGGCGAAAACUAAAGUACUGCUAGAAGUUUUCAUUGUCCCUUUACUUAUUUUAUGACUUUAUGCUUUUCCCACAAGUAAAAUUAUCGUUAGAA